AUGUUCCCACUGCCACGAAGCGUGUCCAUGGGUCGGAUGAAGGCGCAACUGGAGGCGCAGCAGACCAACGAGCAGGCGGCGUUGAAGGCGGAGGUGGACCGGGAGAAGCAGCUGGCCGCGAUGGAAGAGUCGGCGGACGAGCUCGCCGAAGGGAAGCUGGCGGCGGCGGUGGACCACGCCUACGCCAUGGCGGAGUCGGCGCGGGUCUGGGCGGAGCGCGCCAGCGCCAUCGUGGACGCCACGCGAGCAGAGCAGGCGGACCAAGAGGCAGACCGAUCUGGCGAGAGCAGCCCGGCGCGUUGA